CGCAAUCCCCCUACCCUUUGGUAUGCUCCAAGAUGGCGGCCCACGUGGUGCGGCGCGGGAUCCUCUGGGCGCGGAAAGUGUCGCUGCCUCAGCUCUCACUGACAGGUAAAAGAUGCCUGCUUUCUGCAGCAUAUGUGGACAGCCACAAAUGGGAAGCAAGAGAAAAAGAAGAUUAUCACCUUGCUGAUCUGGCAUCUUUAAUGGAUAAAACAUAUGAGAGAAAGCUUCCCGUUAGUUCUUUAACAAUAUCACGGUUUGUGGACAACAUUUCAUCUCGAGAAGAGAUAGACCAUGCAGAGUAUUACCUAUACAAAUUUCGACACAGCCCCAACUGCUGGUACCUGAGAGAUUGGACUAUCCACACCUGGAUUAGGCAGUGUCUAAAAUAUGGUGCACAAGACAAAGCCUUAUAUACCCUUGUAAAUAAGGUCCAAUAUGGUAUUUUUCCAGAUAACUAUACAUUUAAUUUACUGAUGGAUCAUUUCAUAAAGGAAGAAAAUUACAAAGAUGCUUUAUCCGUGGUUUUUGAGAUCAUGAUGCAAGAAGCUUUUGAGGUUCCCUCCACCCAACUCCUCUCCCUCUACGUUUUAUACUACUGCCUGGCAAAGAAGACAGACUUCAGUUGGGAAGAGGAGAGGAACUUUGGUGCAUCCCUGUUACUCCCAGGCCUAAAGCAAAAGAAUUCGGUGGGGUGGAGUUCCCAGUUGUACGGCUAUGCACUUCUUGGGAAGGUGGAGUUGCAGCAAGGGCUGCGGGCUGUGUACCAUAACAUGCCCCUGCUGUGGCAGCCAGGGUACUUCAACAGAGCCCUUCAAGUAAUGGAGAAGGUGGCCUCCUCCCCAGAAGACGGAAAGCUGUGUAGAGAAGCGCUCGAUGUGCUGGACAGAGCGCUGAAGGCGGCUCUGACCGCUCCGGCCCAAGGGUCUUCAGAGGACCAGCCCCAAGAAGGUGAGAAGACCCAGAGGUCAGAAGAACUGGUGGAGCAGCUGGACGUGGAGGAAACGGAACAGUCCAAGCUUCCCCGUUACCUGGAACGAUUUGAGGCCCGCUUGCUGUCCAUGGACCUGUAUCCUUGGAGCCACCUGUUAUGGGUUGAAUGGUGUCCACCCACCACCACCAAGAAAAAAAUAAGUUGAAGCCCUGACCCCAAUGCCUUAGAAUCUGACCUUAGUUGGAAAUAAGGUCUUUACAAAGAUAAUCAAAUUAAAAUCAAAUUAUAAAAAGAAAUUUGGACAAAAGAUAGAUACAGAAGAAAGACAAGGUGAAGACACACGGGGAGAAGAUGGCUACCUGAAUGGAGUGGUGCAUCCACAAGCCAAGGAUUGCAAGCCAACACCAGAAGCCAGAAGAGGCAAGGAAGGAUUGUCUCCUGGAGCCACCAAAGAGAGAGUGACCCUGCUGACAGCUUGAUUUUGAACUUCUAGCCUCCGGUUCUGCUUUUUUAAACCGCUCAGUUUGGGGUACUUUGUUACAGCAGCCCUAGGAGACAAACACACCGCCACUUGUUCUCUGUCUCCUUGCUUCUGACCCACUAAGUUUGACAUACAAAGUUGUAAUGUCAGGCUGAUCCCUCUACAGAUUUACAGCUGUCCUCUUCAACUUAGUAGUUCUUUCAUUUCUCUUACUGACUCUCGUUUUUACCUCAAUAGCUUCUCUAUUGGGUCUGCUUAAGCCCUAGACCCUUGCCCCCCAGAGCUGUGAGCAGAUGUUCCUGCCUCCUGCUUUAUCAAGAAAAUUUAGGUCACAUAAUACAACCUCAGUCUCCCUUGUUUCUACCUUAACAGCUCUCUCCUUACCUAUUCUCUCCAUCAUCCCUUCUAUUUCAAAGUGAUAGGUGUCCCCGCCCUCCUUUCCAAGGUUAGGCUCUUCACUUGUGACCUGAUUCCUUACCUACCUGCCUGUUCCAGAGCCAUCUUCUCUUUCUAUCUUGCAUCGUCUCUACCGAUUUCUUCUUCCAAGCCUGCAAUCUUAUUCAAGACUUCCUUCCCUUUUAGAAACAAAAAAGCCUUUAUCCUGCCAUCAGUCAAGCUCCUACCCUGUCCCUCCUUCCUUUUGUCUCCAAACUUCUUAAAAGGGUAUCCCCACUUACUGGUUCGUUGCUGGUUCAUUAGACCCUGAGAAUUUGGCUUUCAUUCUGCUGCAUACCAACUGCAAUGAUUCUUUCCCCUCUGCUCUGUUUAGCAGCACUGAUCACUCCCUUAGAAGCUUGGUGACUACAGCACACAGUCUGUCUCUGUUCUGGCGCUGCUUUCCUGCGCUCACAGGCCUCUGUGUGGCACAUACUGUAUGCUGGGCACCGUACUAAGAACUGCUGAGUUUACACAGACGAGUAAACGAUAGACCCUACCCUCAAAUAACUUAUAUUCUAGGGAGAGAGAGGGGGCAGGCACAUAUGCACCUAUCAUGUUUCAUGCAUGAUGGUUAAUUUACUGAGCAAAAGGCGCCUUUUGAUGUAUCUUGAACCUUCCUCUUGAUAUAAUAAUGGAGUGGUUGAAAAAGCCCUGCCCUUGAUAAACCAAAAAGUAUCAUUAGAGACACAAAGUGAUAUAUGGGUGUUCACAGGAAGAGCACUUCAAGCCCAGAGAUGGGAAAGCUCUAAUGAAGGGAAAUCAUCAUUACCUGCUUUGUGCUUUAGUUAGUCACAUGGGUCUGUCUCAAGCUGUCUUGGGGUAGAGAUGGUCCUCUUCUUCCCCAUGGAGUCGUGUAAAGUAGGUGUUCAAGAGAAAUUAAGUUGAACUGGAAUGAACAGCCCACAUCCACCCUGCGCAUCCCCCGCUCCUCCACCAAAAAAGGAAGAAGAAAUAGAAGAAAAAGGCAGAGUAGUAGAAGAAGAAAAAACAAUGAUGAGGUACACAUACC